AUGAUUGCUGUUAUAGACACGGGAUACAUAUUGCAAAGGCAUAUACCGACUGAGAAAAUAGCCAAAGGAUACAUCACAAGCUCAGUGAUAGCAGAGCUCAAGAAUGCACAAUCAAGAAUGUAUAUUGAUUUCUUUUCUUUCAUGGUAGAAACACGAGAUCCUUCUGAGGAGUAUGUAGCAAAGGUCAACGAGUAUCUCAAAAGCACAGUUACAAACCUGAGCACAACGGAUGUCGAUGUGGUUGCAUUGACUCUGGAGCUGAUGGAUGAGGUAUCUUCGCAAUGGCUUGGUCCUGACGGUUUUAAUAGUACCGAUGUGUGCUGCUUGACUCAUGACAACGGAAUCAAGAAUGCACUGUCACACUAUGAAUCUUACGACGACAAGGAGUUUUCUAGAAGAACAUAUAAGAUCAGGUGCUAUGCAUGCUAUAGUGUUUUUAACGAGUGUAUGGAUUUCUGUAAAAAGUGUGGGCAUUCCACUCUUACAAGAGUAAGUGUUGGCAAUGCAAAUGGAAGAGAGGUGUUGUAUUUCAAGAAGGACUACAAUUACAAGCCUAAGGUGAUCAAAGACAGCAAUGGAGUAGAACUUCGUAGUAUUGAUCAAAGGGAAUAUAUCCAUCACCAGAAGAUGAUGAAGAGAAAGAAGAAUAAAGGAGCUUGA